UUCACAAAGCUUCUCUCGCUCUCCCACUCCUCUCAUCUCUCUCCCUCCUCUCCCCGCUCCCUCGCUCCCCCACGCUUUCACACCGAUGAACACGUCGCGUGCUCGCUGCUAUAUGUGGGCAACUGUAGAUAGCAGGCUUCUGUAGAGCUGAAGCAGAGCCUCCACCAGCCUCAGAAAGCCAGCAGGAGCAGAGCGGCUACAGAACGUCCGGAUUCAGAGAGAAACAGCAGACCCGGCGCGAGAGCACACGGCUCAGGUAAAUCCAGUAUACUGCAGAAACACAGGCAGGACACAGUGCAAGAAAACAAAGAUCCACAACCAUGAAAACCAGACUUGGAUGCUUGUCCAAUAAAUCCGACUCAUGCAGCGACUUCUCAGAAUUUUUGCCUCCUGGGCCAGAAAGAUCAGCAAGAUACCUAAAGUUGUCCCCAGAUGAGGUGACUAAAUGGGCAGAUUCAUUUGAUGUUCUUCUGUCAAACAAGUAUGGCCUAGCAGUGUUCCGAGCGUUCCUCAAAACAGAGUUCAGCGAUGAGAACAUUGAGUUCUGGUUGGCCUGCGAGGACUACAAAAAGAUCAAAUCACCUGCUAAACUGGUGUCCAAAGCCAACAAGAUCUACAAUGAAUUCAUUGACGUAAAGGCACCUAGAGAGGUCAACAUAGACUUCCGGACCAGACAAGACACCAAACAGAAGCUUCUGGAACCAACCUCAUCCAGUCUUAACGAAAUCCAAGCGAAGGUGUACAGCCUCAUGGAGAAAGACUCCUAUCCUCGGUUCCUGCGUUCAAAGUGCUACCAGGAUCUGCUGAACAGAACUCAGAUGUACUGUCAGAGGAAAUCUGUUUAAAAAUGGAGUCUCUUGGUUAUUCUGCUUGUGUGUAAAAACCUAUGGAGAUGUUAGAACAGACCUUUACUGUUAUACAUAUCAAAGACGUUCCUGGGGUUACUGAAUAAGUAAUUGAAUAUGCAUUGUAGAACUGUGAAGCUAGAUUGCACUUGUAUAGAGUAUUACCUACCUAUUAACUGUUACUGUGCUCCUGCACAUGUGUUUUUAACUAUCCCCCUCCCAAUGUAGAUCCAUGUAUCUUUAUACAGUAUAAGCAUGUGUAUUAAAAGCACAUCAAACUGACUGAAGCACAUAGGUCAGUGGUUCUCAGUUCCGAUGUUGGGCCACCAGUCACUGCACAAACACACUGCUCAGUGUUUUGGAAAUUGCCAGGUGAGCUGAGUCAGGUGCAUCAAAGCAAACACACAAAAAAAACGUGUAGUGCAUGAAUUCAUCACGUCUGGAAAAGAGAAUUAUGGGGCUGAAAGAAUAACACUUCAGAACUCGUCAAAUGUUACUGUUACUGUGAAUAGUAUGGUUAAAAAAAGAAGAUGACCUAGCUUUCAAAAGGAAUAGGAUUAAACAUCGAACAUUCGUAUCAAUGUUUUAAGCAAGAUUAGUGCAUUGUGCAAAUUUAGAGUAAAAAAAAGACAUAAGCACCAUGAACAAAAUUGAGAACCUGAAAAGAUUUAGCUCUCAGAUACAAUUUUCCCAGUUUUUAACUUCCUGAGACCUUUCCUUGGUGUACAUUUUUCAUUUCUCCUAAUUAUUUAUGAUUAGUAGGACUUAAAAACACAUAUAGUAAAAACAAAUAUAAAAACUAAACUAAAAUGUUUUUGUUUAAGAAGUCAAUCCUCAUAUAGGGACAGUAGUUUAUGUAAACAUAUUUUUUUUACUAUGCCAAUUGGCAUCAGAGGGACCCAGAUAAUCAAAAACAAACUUGAGUAAGUAAAUAAACUAGUUUCAAACUAAACAUUUUAUGGGAAUUUUUACCUAGCCCAUGUUUCAGUUAUGACUGGCUGUAGAAACUUUUGACUGGGAUUCCCGCCAUCUCGUUUCCAAUCAAUUGAUUGUAAUGUUGUCAUGUGACACUAGAUGGUACAGACAGUGUCAUCAUAUGUGGCUAAAGGGUCAAUGUUUUGAAAAAUUCAAGAUUAAGAAUCAUUGUACAGAGAAGCAGACAUAUAACAUACCCAUAUAAGGACACAGAGUCUCAUAAUUCUCUAUGUAUGGCUACAUGUUGAUGCCAAAAUCAAAGUUUGAAAGACUUUUUUUAACGUUUUCCAAAUAUAAGCAACCAUGUUCUCCUCUAAGCAAAUGCCUAGUUUUGGAAUCAUGUCUUGUAGAUGAAGAUGAAUUUAAAAACAAAGAUUCUUUCAGGCUGCAAAAAGAAACAUGUUUAAAGAAAAAGGUCCAGAUUUGAAUGGACCACAUCUUGCUUGAAAAUGUAUAGAUAUUUGUGUUUAUUUUGAUCAAUUUUGACAUAAUUUUAUCCAUUUUGACAAUUAGGUCAUCUUUAAUUUCUCCAGAUGUUCACAAUAACAGACACUUUGACCAGGUGUGCCCAAACCUUUGCACUGUACAUAUAGUAAGAAUGCUAUAGUAAGCAUUGUGUUAUUCAGUACUGAUGUGUUGCUGCAUGUAGCCUUGGCCUGCUGACCUCAUGCAUUAAUUCAGUUCUAUUUUUGCCUGAUCGAAUCUUCUUUCAAAUGUUAUGGUAUCGUUUUGUCAGUGUUGAUUUGUUGCAAAAAAUAAAAGAAUAAAAGUGUGUCCUUCCUUGAAA